AUGUCCCUUCAGAUGGGAGGCCCGCAGCUGGAGACAACAACAAAAGUAAAGUCUGAGAAAGUUUGUGACAUGAUGCGUCCUGACGGCUGCUCCGGAGACCAAGGAGGGGAGAACAAAGUGGCCUUGUCCCCUGGGGGCCACCAGCAGAAAGCGCGCAAGAUGACCCGCAGCCCCAAAUGUGCCCGCUGUCGAAACCACGGCGUCGUGUCGUGUUUGAAGGGCCACAAGCGCUUCUGCCGCUGGAGGGACUGCCGCUGCGCGUGCUGCCUGCUGGUGGUGGAGCGGCAGCGCGUCAUGGCGGCGCAGGUCGCGCUCCGGCGGCAGCAGGCUGCGGAGGGGAGGAGAGCGCAGGGACAGGGCAAAAGGGGGGUCAAGUGUUCAGCUCCACUGAGGAGAACAGCCUAUCGGUGUUUUAGCAGAGCAGCCGAGUCAAGCAUCGUGGCUAAGAGUCUCCCGCAGGGGUUUAAACCUCAGAUGUCUCCAGACUAUGGCGCAUCCAGCUGGUCAAAGCAGCCGCAGCGUCACCAAACGCACUUCCCGUGCCCCUCAAUCAGCGCUCGCAUGAGGAAGAGACGAGCUUUUGCAGACAAGGAGCUGGAGAAUGUGAUGCUGGAGCAUGAGCUGAGGCAGCGAGAGCUGAAGAACGACUUCUCUGCUCUCAUCCCUUUACUUCACCCCCCACCUCUGCCCGUCUCCCCUGGCCUCCAAUGCUGCAACAAGGACUCGUCCUCUGCAGGGACAUCCAGCUGCGUGCCCGUAUAUAAAUAUAAGCCUCUUUGUGAGUGCGGCCUCCAGUUUUAUGAGCUCUUCCACCUAAGGAGCAGGUCCUCCACAGGAGGUGACUAUAAUGACAUUUUGUUAUGCCAAAGCCAUGUGCAACAUGUAGAGGAUAAAGAAGUGCAGAAUAGCUGGAAACACUGUGGGAAGAAACACCAGACGGAGCUCAUACCUCUGCCGUCACAACAAAGAGUCAAAAAUGAUGUCAACACGUUGCCACAUGUGGGGUUUGUCAAACCAAGCUCCAAACAGACAGAAAUGAUGGAUUCAGAAGGCUAUUCAGACACCACAGCCUCUAUUUUAAGAUCAGACCAGAGCGUUCUGACUGAGUCAGACAUACUUGCACAUAACAGGACUUUUGAGGCCAGAACUGUGGCAGCUCAGGGUUGGACUGCAGACCCUCGAUCCAGCCAGUCAAGUCCUCAUGCAGACUCUGAGGAGAGUCCUCAAAGCAGCUCAGUAAGGACCCCUGCUGUGAGGCCCCUGCCUUUCUCUGUAGAGGCUCUGCUGAGAGCCUGA